UAGUAAAUAUAUGUAAUCAUUCGUUUACAUGAUACGUCCAAAUUUACCUGAUCACGGAUAAAAAUGUCAAUAUUGACACAAGUCUGAUCAAUCUGGUGUGUUGUUGACGUUAUCGUGCAUCGAGGAACAAUCGAUAGAAUUAGAUAGCAUUUUAGUAUACAAGAAGGAGGAGUAAUCACAGGGUUUUUCCUAUCACGCAGACCUGCGAUGUUCACUGAUUAUCGAAACGUGAUUCCUUUGGUCAGGAGAUUCCCGUGAUAUUUUUUACUGCGUCUGCGCCAUUUCCAAUAUUUACUCCAUUUGUGUGGAGAUUAUUCGAACCAGAACGAGCCAGUCUGCGGAUUACCAUUCCGUCUCAACAAAACAUAACUGCCGAACUCUGUCAAUGGCACCCACCAGACAUCACCUAUUUGAAGAAUAAUGAGGACGCUUACAUGUCUGAAUCGUUGAUAAGAAUGUGUCUCAUGUAUAGUGUAGCUUAUUUGUUGUUUGUCGAACGACUUGUAAAGUGGAAAAAUAAAUCUUAUCGUCAAUCCAGACAGUUUUAACCCGAUCUAGAAGCAACUCCUUUUGGUUUACUGAUUGUGACAUUUACUUUAUACUGAGGACUAACAAUGAAAAACAGGUGCAAGGGUCAUCGUAUUGAGUUCAGCCCAACUUAUUGCAUAACAACGUCUAAUCUGUUGCGGGGGAAAAUUUCCAAAAUUAAACGUAGGCAGGCACUUAAUAAUUUAUAUAUAUGCAAGGGCAGCUCAUUUUGCGUCACGCGCAUUCUUCAUUGCAUCCUGUUUCUGAGUACAGCCGGCUAGGAUUACCUUUUCCAUUAAUAAAAACCCAAGGCAAUCUACAAAAGUCUGGUCAGCUUCAACAGGAGGGCAUGGGCAUCACGUGAACGAUAGGCUGAAAGUCUAGUUUCGAAUUCGGUGAUGUUGUCAGUUAUAAUGGCGUUUGGAAGAGAUAUUAGAUAAAUAACCAACCUACACGAAGUCUCCAGUUUCCCCUCCUCGUUUGCCCCACCCACAAGUAGCAGUUUUAGAACAGUGCCAUACGCAGCCUUUAGCCCACACAUAUACACGCGAGAUGAAAACUUGUGAAUAUAUAUAUACUAACGUUUGGAAAUUCCCACUGGCCUCGUUCAAACAAUAUGGUGUCAGGUGCCUUACGGAAAAGUCAGACGUCACGCUGGAGCUGCCGGGGUAUAUAUUCUCGGAUACGUCUCCCCAACUUCGAGGAUAGUUGAAACAAGUGUCAGCGGUAGCAGUAGCCAUGGCUCCAAUCGUCCCCAAAAACAAAUUUUUGUUCUUCUUCUUGAUCUUCGUCCAGUGGAUUUACUGUCCUGUGGCAGCCAUUCCAUUUCGGAAAAAUGAAGUGUACGGAGAAAACACCAUCAACCGUAAUUGGCGUCCAACUUUGACUCGUGAUCGUGAAUCGUUACCGGACUAUCAGCCGCUUUGCCAGUCUAUUAAUCAAAGAGUGGAUCUUCACGAACCAGACUACGAGUUUCGACCCCCAUUUUAUCAUUCGAUUGAGUGCAAGCACACUGCCAACAAGUUACAUCAUCGCGGACAUCAAGACGGUUCACAGAUUUGUCUACAGUCGGGAUUGACUUGCGUUCAACGCACCAAAACCAUUCAGUUAGCAAAAAGGAAAAUUGGAACAUCAUGUUGGACGCUUUUUACAAAAGAAAUUCAUUCGGGCUGCGAGUGCAUGUGGCCCGUUCAAACGAAUGGCGACUCGAAACACCGUUUCACAUGAGUUCCGAAUCUUAAAUGUAUUUAAAAAUGAAUUUUUACCUGCAAUUCGCUGUAGGUGACUUGGUCAGGAAGAUGUAAAGUGUCUAACGUUUUCAAAGUCCCUCCCACGCGCGUUCUUCCCAUUUUGUGUUUUCAUACUUGUCUAUGUCGUUUUGCUUCGAUCUCCGAACGUUACACAGAACUCAAUUAAUAACUGUGCAAAUAUUCGCGAUCUCAAGUGCUCUUUUAAGUUAAAUAAAUCAAUUUGACGACGGA